UGAAAGAAGCAAAGAAGAAAUCUCGCGAGAUUUAGCGGCUUCAGCUCAGACAGUCUUGCACACAGUGGUGUGUAUUACGCUGUCAAAACGCGUUUAAAAGUAACUUCAGAUAUAGAAGCUGUUUGUAAGUGACAGAAACAGUAAACAUGUAAGGGCUAACAUCACACUACUGUCGCUACCGCUAAAUAAGUCUGACUUUUUCAGAGAUACAGCGGGUAUGCUAGCCGGUCGCUAGCCGAAUGCUACCGUUAACCUCGCCUGGGACAACGUGAUCAUUGAUUCUGUUUAUUAGAUUGCUGUUAAAAAUGAAGUGUCACUAUGAAGUGUUGGGUGUGAAACGUGACGCGGGAGACGAUGAUUUGAAGAAAGCUUAUCGUAAAUUGGCCUUGAAGUGGCAUCCUGAUAAAAACUUGGACAAUGCAGAGGAAGCAGCAGAGCAGUUCAAGUUGAUUCAGGCAGCUUAUGACGUCCUGAGUGACCCACAGGAGAGAGCUUGGUAUGACAAUCAUAGGGAGGCUUUGCUGAAAGGAGGGCUCAGUGGGGAUUAUGAAGACGACAGCAUUGACCUGCUGCAGUACUUCACGGUCACAUGUUACUCUGGCUACGGAGAUGACGAGAAGGGCUUUUACACCGUUUACAGGAAUCUUUUUGAGUCCAUUGUUAAGGAGGAGAUGGAACACAGCAAGGUGGAAGAUGAGGAAGAGGAAGAGGAGUUUCCUCCCUUUGGGGACUCGCAGAGUGAUUACGAUACCGUAGUGCAUGUGUUUUAUGGCUACUGGCAGAGCUUCUGCACUCGCAAAAACUUUGCUUGGAAGGAGGAGUACGAUACGAGGCAGGCCUCCAACCGCUGGGAGAAGAGGGCCAUGGAGAAGGAGAACAAAAAGACUCGAGAAAAAGCUCGAAAGGAGCGCAACGAUCUGGUGCGACAGCUGGUGGCCUUUGUGCGUAAGCGCGACCGCCGCGUGCAGGCACACAGGAAGCUGGUGGAGGAGCAGAACGCCGAGAAGAUUAAGAAAGUGGAGGAGCUGAGACGGCAGCAGAAGCUCAAACAGGCCAAACUGGCAGAGGAGUAUAAGGAGCAGAGCUGGGCGGCCAUGUCUGAACUCGAGAAGGAGCUGCAGCAGAUAGAAGCUCAGUACGGAAAAGAGUUUGGAGAUGCAUCUGAAAGUGAGGAAGAGGAGCUGGAGAAGAACAGCGAAGAGGGCGGAGAGGCCGAGCAGCCGGAUGGAGACGAGCUGACGAUUGACGAUUACGAUGAUCUGUACUGCCCAGCGUGCGACAAAUCCUUCAAGUCAGAUAAAGCCAUGAAAAACCACGAGAAGUCUAAAAAGCAUCGGGAAAUGGUGGCUUUGCUAAGGCAGCAGCUGGAGGAGGAAGAUGAUGCACUUGGUUUGAAUCUGGAGGGAAGUGAGAAUGAAAAUGAGGAGGAAGAGGAGGAAGAGGAAAAGCCAAGGCAAAAGCUGUCCAAAAAACAGAAGCGGAAAAGAAAACAGCAGAAAGCGGCCCCACAAAGUGCUCCAGGGGAGGAAGAUGAGGAAGAACCAACACUGACCACCUGUGAGGAAGAUGCCUCCAAGAAGUCAGCAGCAGACUCCACGGAGCCUGAGAAGCAGGAUGAUCUACCUCCCACAGAGGUCAAGAGCACUGGGAAGACGAAGGGAAAGAAGGGAGGAGGAAAAGACAAACCAAAGAAUGUCAAGCAGCACACAGGAGAACAGUUUCCUGAGAAGGAAGUGAACCUCCGCUGUGUCACUUGCAAUAAUGAGUUUUCCACAAGAAACAAGCUGUUUGACCAUCUGAAGUCCAGCGGCCACACUACAGCCCUCUCUGGAAAUACUCCUCAGAGCUCCAUGAGCAAGAGCAAGAAAGACAAGAAGAAGAACAGAUAACACAUCCUGACCGGGACUUUUGAACUUGAAAGAGCUUCACUCAGCAGGGACACUUAAAGGCUUAAAAAACAAAACAAACAAACCUCUAAAGGGGUCUAAAGUGGACAGCACUGGCUGACUCGUAGCUUUGUUUUGUUUUUUUUAAUUACACUAUAAUGUUCAGUAAUACAGUUGUGUCAAAAAGUGAAUCGUCCAGAAUGGAAUGAUCAAACCUUUCCGAGCAGCCUUUCAUAACUUAUGACAGUCUUCAUACUGAAACCAGUGGAGAAAAAGAGUUUUUGAUGUGUAUGUGAUACUUCUAUCUCCAAUAUUAAAUCUGUACAUCUCCAGGAAACCUC